CGGAAAAUUUUCAGUCAAUUUCGAAAAACCGGCAAACGUACAACACCGAACGAACGAUCAACAACGCGGAGAAAAACAAAAUUUCAAAACAAAAACCGAAAAUCGAAAUAAAAAAGACAAACAGUUGGCUGGCUGUGUUGCUGUGAAAAUAGAAAAAAGUGAAAUAAUAAAAAAGAAAAUAUUAUGAAAUUUGGGACACAGUUUUUAUGAGAAUAUAUCCAGAAAUUUGACGAACCCGAGAUAACACAAACGUUUACAUUUUUUUCAGCUGGCGAAUGUAGCAGCAAAACGCACCUCAAGAGCAAAAUGGCAAUACUUUUAGUACACCUGCGACGUCUCAUACUCUUGAUUAGCAUCGUGUAUUUGAGUGGCGCCUUUGUGCGAAAGCUGUUGACUGAUUCGCGUCAAGCCUACCUGGUGCACAUGAACAGCGGCAAAUCCCUGUUGUGGGCGAAGCAUUUGCACUUCCAGUGGUGGGCCUACAUCUACACUUGCUACGCCUAUAUCGUGCUGGUGAAUUAUGUGAAUAUGCGUCGCUACACUACAUUGUUGGAAUUCUUCUUCACUUGAGUUGAACGAGAAGGCAUAACCCAAGUUUGCUGUCAUCCCCAUCAACCUCACAAGGGGCCGAAAUUAUUAUCCAAGUGCUGAGGAGCAGUGAAGAAAAUCAUUCGCUGUGCCAUAAAACCCAAAGAUCGCAAUAAAAACGAAUGUGCAUUA